CCGCUCGCGAUUUGCCCCCUUAUUAAAGCCACGGCGGGUGCGAGUCGCCACCAAAACAGGCCCGACCAUGCUCGCGUUCAAGACCCUCGUCGCGGUCGCCCUAUUGGUGGCCGCGGCCACCGCCGUGGAGGUCGUCGAGAUUCCCGCAGAGGAGCUGCGGUCCGAGCCCGCUGCGUUCGAGGGCUUCCCUGCCGGCGUGCCCAAGAUGACGUGCAGCAGGAACGCCAAGGACAAGGAAUUCGUCAACCGCUGCAUCAGGAACAACUUCCAGUCCCUGCUCCCUGCGAUCAGAAACGGUGGUACGUUUGGCCUGCCCAACCUGGACCCCUACCACAUCAAGGACUUGGCAUUGAAGGUCAAGACACUUCCCAUUAGCUUCCACGUCUCGUUCACCAACCUUUCGGUAUACGGCAUGCCCGAUGGUAUUAUCCGCGACGCCAGGUCUGAUCUGACGGAUGAUGGAGUGAACAUGGACAUCGGCGUAACCUUUCCCAAGCUGACUUUCAAGGGCAUCUUCGAAUUCACCAAUGGUGUCUUCGCAUCGUGGAACUUCAAGGGACGUGGCCCCUUCGACGUCACCUUCCUCAAUACUCGCGCCACCUGGAGGCUCAGUGGCAAGAAGAAGGAGGGGGAUACGCACAUGACCAUUGAACGCCUUGCGCCCCUGUUGCCGUACACCGUCGGUGGCAUGAAGUUCUGGGCGAAGGGACUAGUGGACGGCACUCCUGCCCUGGAUGACGUGGUGGUGCUGAUGGUAAACCGCCUGUGGUCAGAAGUGGUGGAUCUAGGGAAGCCCAUCAUAAACGAAAACAUUGCCGAACACCUAACGGCCUUGGCGAACGACGUGUUCAGAAGCGUGCCUUACGAUCAGCUGUUCCCAAAGAACUCGGAGCCCAUGGAUGGACCAUAAAGUUCUCAUGACCCACCCCAAAACACUUUUCUCAUUAACUAAUUUAUAUCUAAUUUAUUUUCAACUGUGAUUGUUAGAGAUGAUUUUUGUGUUUCUGGUCAUAGAUCUCAGAAAUAAAAACAUAUGUUUGCAAUUUUUUUUCUCA